CUGCGGCGGUCGGCUGUUCGGCGGCCCUUCGGCGCCUCUUUUCCUCACCGCUCCGCUACCUCACGCAGCAUGUCGGGCCGCGGCAAGACGGGCGGCAAGGCCCGCGCCAAGGCCAAGUCGCGCUCGUCGCGCGCCGGCCUCCAGUUCCCGGUGGGCCGCGUGCACCGGCUGCUGCGGAAGGGCCACUACGCCGAGCGGGUGGGCGCGGGCGCGCCGGUGUACCUGGCCGCGGUGCUCGAGUACCUCACCGCGGAGAUCCUGGAGCUGGCGGGCAACGCGGCCCGCGACAACAAGAAGACGCGGAUCAUCCCCCGCCACCUGCAGCUGGCCAUCCGCAACGACGAGGAGCUCAACAAGCUGCUGGGCGGCGUGACGAUCGCGCAGGGGGGCGUCCUGCCCAACAUCCAGGCCGUGCUGCUGCCCAAGAAGACCAGCGCCACCGUGGGGCCGAAGGCGCCCGCCGGCGGCAAGAAGGCCACGCAGGCCUCUCAGGAGUACUGAGGCGCCCGCCCGUCGCCGCCGCCCCGGGCCGCCCGGCCCGCCCCGCGCCACCACAAAGGCCCUUUUCAGGGCCACCACCGCCCUCACCGAAAGAGCUGGCC